AUGUCAAACCAGGGCGGUACUCAAUCUCCUCCUCUUCAGGGUCGCGAGAACGACCCUAUGGGUCAGUCGGCGCCGGGCAAGUCUUCCAAAGCAGUGCCUGAUGAGGAGCAGCGUGGAGGUGUCUUCGGCAGCGGCGAGAACAAGGGUGCCGAGAGCGGUGAGGCAGGCGACUCGAACAACAGCGGCAGUGGCAAUCUCAGCGAGGCUGUCAGCAACGCAAAGCACGCCGACAAGAGCCAGCCUGGCAAGUAA